AUGUCCUCCCUUCGCAAUGCGGUCCAGCGCCGCAACCACAAGGAGCGAGCCCAGCCUCUCGAGCGCCAGAAACUCGGUUUGCUAGAGAAGCACAAGGAUUACUCCCUCCGAGCGAAAGACUGGAAUAAAAAGAAGGCAACGCUCAAAUCACUGCGACAAAAAGCAGCCGAUCGCAACGAGGAUGAAUUCUACUUCGGCAUGCUGUCCCGCAAGGGACCGGGCUCCGCCCUGACACGAGGAAAGAGGAGCUUUACUGGCACAGUGGAAGGCGAUCGUGGCAAUAAGGCAUUGGACGUCGAUACGGUGCGCUUGCUGAAGACACAAGACAUCGGUUAUCUGCGGACAAUACGUAAUGUUGCGGCGAAAGAAGUCGCGGAACUCGAGCAACGGGCCGUGAUUGCCGGCGCGAUGAGAGGCGAGGUGGAUGAUGACGAAGACGAGGACGAGGACGAGGACGAACCCGCACCACGGAAGAAGGCGAAGAAAAUCGUCUUCAUGGAUAACGCUGAAGAUCAAUCACAAGUGGUACCUGUACCAGAGAAAGAAGAGGAAGACGACGACGACAUGGAUCUGGAUGAUGAGUCGGGAGAUGGGCGGACAACAGAGGCCGACGCCAAUGCCAUUCGAGCCGAACGGUUACGAAGAAGACUGCAAAACGCCAGGAAAAAGCUAAAAGCGUUAACAAGAGCCGAAAAUGAACUCGAACUACAGCGCGCCAAAAUGGCCAAAACAGCAACUAUUGGAGGCGUCACCAAAAACGGGAAGAAGAUCAAGAUUCGCGAGCGGAAAAGGUAG